AACUCUAUUUCCCAUGUUUCAACCCAAAGUAUCAAUUAUUGCGCGCGCGUAAUGAAAUCAAUUUGACGUCAGAGUUUCGAUUGAUUAACUCUGAUUAGGCCUUCAUCAGCAAGAACAUGGUCUGCAAGUCGAGAGUAAAAAUGUAAAGACCCGGUGGCCUUACGUCCCCUUCGGGGUCCGUACGGACCACCAUAUUCUGCUUACUUGUCACGUGUUUCUUUUGAUAAGAUGUCGUUGGUAGAUUUGAACGAAAAGAGAUGCCCUGACUGCGGGCUUUUCUUGCCCUGCCACUGUAAGAUAGAGAAAAAGGACUUCUUUGGCGUAGAACACCAUGAGGAAGCCGUGCUGGAAGAACCUAUUGUUAUACUACACAAAAGACAGAAGAGAUACUCYUACCCUAUGCCAGGGCCUACACCACAACAGAAACCCGAGGCGCUGACGAACAAGAAUGCCAACCUGCUCAACAUAGCGUCAUUAGCCGACAAGAAUGCCUCGUCAUUUAACAUGAAAAAAACAACUAAAGCCAGACCAUUGCACUACUUAAAAGAUUUGUUUAGCGCCAAUCCUGAUAACAAACUAGCCUUGAAACUGUUUGGUAACCAAGCAGCGGUGUUAUUAGAGCAACGUAGACAGACCACCAAGGCUAGUGGUGUCAUUCAUCCAUUCAGUACAUUCAGAUGGUACUGGGAUAUCCUUUUGGUCAUCUUUAUUUCUUUGCAUGUGCUUCUCCUGCCUGUCAACAUUGCGUUUCUAAGCGACGAUCUAUCUCUUCACUGGCUCGUAAUCAAUGGAAUUUCAGACUUGUUCUUCUUGGUCGAUAUUUUCCUUAAUUUUCGCACUGGUUUGGUGGAUCCCAACAACAAAGACGAAGUUAUUUUAGAYCCUGCUAUAAUAAGAAUAACAUAUCUUAAAGGAUGGUUCAUUAUAGAUUUGUUGUCAUCCCUUCCGUUCGACUACGCUUAUUUUAUAGCAUCUUCGACAUCUACAGAGCAAACGCUUCUUAAAGCAUCGAGAGCUCUUAGGAUCCUUAAGCUGGCAAAGGUGCUUAGCUUGCUUCGACUACUUCGAGUCUCUAGGCUUGUUCGAUACAUAAAGCGCUUUGAAGAGUUAACGAACAUCGCAGGUGGGCAGCUGCGAAUCAUGAAGCUUAUUGGGUGUAUGAUGUUGCUUUCCCAUUGGAAUGGAUGUGUACAGUUCUUGGUACCUUACCUACAAGGCUUCCCUGAUGAAAGUUGGGUCGUUAUUAACGGGCUUAAGGAUGAGCCAGCGGUAGUACAGUACAGUUGGUCACUGUUUAAUGCCAUGUCACACAUGUUGUGUAUUGGUUAUGGUCGCUACCCUCCUCACAACACUACUGAACUGUGGCUGACUAUACUCAGCAUGACUAUUGGAGCAACUUUCUACGCUGUCUUUAUUGGUAUCAUGUCUGGUUUAGUCAUGUCUAUUGAUUCGUCUGGUAGACUUUAUAACGAAAAGUUCAAUCAAGUAGAGGAAUACAUGAGAUACCGUAAGCUGUCCUUGCCACUGCGACUCAAAGUACAAGAAUAUUACGAACAUCGCUUUCGCCACAAGCUGUUUAAUGAGGACAGCAUACUUAAUGAGCUUUCAAAGUCACUUAGAGAGGAAAUUCUGGUGCAUAACGUCCACCUUCUUCUAUCUUCGGUUCCAUUCUUUAGUUCAGCCAAAACUUCAUUCAUCACAGAUAUUGUAACCAAGCUUCAUUUUGAGGUCUAUCUUCCAGGGGAGUACAUCUGUCGCAGAGGCCGUAAAGGAGACAAGAUGUAUUUCAUUCAAAAAGGCAUCGUGGACAUUUUGACUAAGGACAAUGAACUAGCAACCAGUCUGGGUGAGGGGUCACACUUUGGAGAAAUCUGUCUGUUAACCAAGGAAGCACGUCGUGUAGCAUCUGUAAGAGCGGCGACCAUCUGCGAUCUCUACUCACUCUCAUCGACUCACUUCCAUGAGGUCCUAGAGGAGUACCCCUCGAUGAAGGAAAUGUUGAAAGAAGUAGCAAAGGAGAGACUUUCUCGUAUUGGACUGAAGCCUGAUCUGUCUGGCGACCUCGUCGAUACUAGUGAAGAUCAGAACCGACCCGUCUUUGACAGUGAUCCCCUGCAAGCGAGCUGCUUCGUCAACGCUCCACAAACCAAACAGGAAACCGAACUAAGAACAGACAAGAACCUUCCCUCAAUCACCAAGAAACCUGCUGAUGAACCCAAACCUUCAUCUUCGUGGAAACCUACAUUUAAGUUAAGAAAAGGAGCUUUGUUAACACAAGCUUUUGUUAAAUCAGUUGCUCCUGGGUUGGUCUCCCUUGCGCAACCUUCAACCGAUGCGCCAGAGCUACAAGUAGUUGUCGAGGAACCAGAGAAAACUGAACGUCGGGAGAGUGAAGUUGAAGAUGAGGACGAAGAUGUAGUGGCCAUGAUGGCCGACUUCUAGGUCAAAAAGUCCUUAAAGAAUAUAGAUCAGUAUCCCCACCUAUAAACCUGCAACCCGCAUUUUGUCAUUUUCUGUAAAUGCGUUUUCAUUAAUCGUCGUGUUUGUAAUCCUUGUCUUUGAACCCCGCCUGCGUCAGUCGCCGCCGUAAUCAACAGGUAUAUUGCGUAGUUCAAAUAUAUGUAUUCAACAAACGUCUUUUUUAUAAGAUCGAUCUAAUUCAGGCGGCGGUAGUACAAACGAUCAAUAUCUCAAACAUCAAACGAUUGUGUAACCAGGAUUACUGUAUUAAACUGAUGUCAGGUGGAAAUGAAGUUGUCUAUCUUAUUACUAAGGGGGUGGGGGUUGUGCGGACAGCCUGACCUUGCGAAGCCGCGAAAA